AUGGCUACAGCUGGCCUAGAACUUCUGGGCAUUACCCUGGCUGUACUGGGCUGGCUGGGGACCCUGGUGUCCUGCACUCUGCCCCUGUGGAAGGUGACCGCCUUCAUCGGCAACAGCAUCGUGGUGGCCCAGGUGGUGUGGGAGGGACUGUGGAUGUCCUGCGUGGUGCAGAGCACGGGCCAGAUGCAGUGCAAGGUGUACGACUCAAUUCUGGCGCUGCCCCAGGACCUGCAAGCUGCCCGAGCCCUCUGUGUUGUCGCCCUCCUGCUGGCCCUGCUCGGCCUGUUGGUGGCCAUUACCGGCGCCCAGUGCACCACCUGUGUGGAGGAUGAAGGUGCCAAAGCCCGCAUCGUGCUCACUGCGGGGGUCAUCCUCCUCCUCUCAGGCAUCCUGGUUCUCAUCCCCAUCUGCUGGACAGCCCACGCCAUCAUCCAGGACUUCUACAACCCCCUGGUGGCAGAGGCCCUCAAGCGGGAGCUGGGGGCCUCCCUUUACCUGGGUUGGGCAGCAGCUGCCCUGCUCAUGCUGGGCGGGGGCCUCCUCUGCUGCACAUGCCCCCCGCCCCAGAUCGACCGGCCCCGAGGACCCAGGCUGGGCUACUCCAUCCCCUCCCGCUCAGGCACCUCUGGGAUGGACAAGAGGGACUACGUGUGA